GUUUUCAUUUUUUCUAAUUUUUAUUUUUAAAGAACGUCGAUUUAGGUCGCCCCUUCCCGCUGCCUGAUCGAUCGACCCAGAUCCACCGGCGGGAUCCCCUCCGUCCGGCGUCCGCUGCUCUCUCUCUGAGUUCUACCUCCACCGGCGGCAUCAUCUCUGCCGUCCGUUGCUCCCUUGCUCUAUUCUUAUUUCACAUCUUUCCACUUCGUCUUUACUCACGAACGAAGCGUCCUGGAUUUGGAGUCAGAGGAUCGAUCAAGAUUUGAAGAUUGGUCAUCUAUAAAUGCCUCGGUUUUGUUCCAUUUGACACCAGACAGAGAAAUCAUGGUUUACCACUCAAGUUUUGUGAAUGAAGAAGGCAUUACUAAGGCUUGUGGUUGCCCGCUUCUUCCAUUGAAAAGCCACAUUAAGGGCCCUGCACCCGUUUCAGAUCAAGGUGCACUUGACAUUGUGGAUGAAGCAAUCACCUUUUUCCGUGCCAAUGUUUUCUUUAGGAACUUUGAUGUCAAAAGUUCAGCCGACAAGCUCCUGAUUUAUUUGACCCUCUACAUCAAUAUAGCUCUCAAAAGACUUGAGGGAUGUCGAACAUUAGCAGAAGGCACCAAGGCUAUCAUCAACCUAGGGCUUGAGAAGGUUCCCGUGCCUGGAGAACCUGGGUUUCCAUUUGGUGGCCUUUUUGCACCGCCAGAGUCUCAGGAAGAAGCAGAGCUGUUCCGGAACUAUUUGAAGCAGAUCAGAGAGGAAACCAGCGGCAGAUUGUUGAGCUGUACUUACAGAUCGAAUGGCACUCCAAACAAAUGGUGGCUAGCUUUCUCCAAGAGGAAAUUCAUGAACAUUAUUGUCCCACACGACCCUCCAGAUGGCAGUCGUCGGCUAAACACGUCAAUGGGAAGGUUACAUAUGGGUGAUGAUAGCCACUCAGGCAGGUUCCGGAAGAUACAGUAGAUUCAGAAACAUCCUCGUGGAGGAAACCCCGUUGAUGGUCAAUUAUUAACUCCUCCCGAGGUAUUAUAUUUUGUAAAAAGUCUGCAAUUGAACUAUGAAACUUAAAAAUUUCCUAUUGAAAUCUGAAAUGGAGAUGUGUGCCAUUUCUGAACUAUUGUGCUAAA